ACCCCCAAAAUGGCUGGCGAAAUCGCGCGGGCAUUAAAAUCCGGCAGUUCAAAAUAAACGGGCGGAUUAAUUCGAGGGGCACACAUAUAUAGGAGGGGGGAAAAUGUCAUCACGACAAAACUAUACGGAAAAGUAAGUUAUAAUAGUGAGAGAGGAAGGGGUAAAUUCUGAAACGAGGAGAAAAAUUUUCCUUGAUUCAGUUUUGGGUCAAAACGAAUCUCUCUAUGUGUGUGUUAUGUUUAUUUGAAAGACGUUGUCAGUCUGAUAUGUUUAACGAGUGAGAGACGUUUCUAUUCUUUUUUUUUUUUUUGGAAACGAAUUUUUAAAAAAAAAAAAUAAAAAUGAUUGCAUUUCUUAUUUGUGGUUUAAUUGUUAUUUAGUGAAAUGUGUUUUUUGUGGAAUAAUAUGUGCUAACUAAAAAGAAAAAAAAAUAAACAAAAUUUAUAGUGGGGAAAAAAAAAAAAAAAAUUUUUGAAAAUUGUAAUCAGUGUGUCGUUUUCAAGAUGAUGCAGGAGCAUAAGUCAUUUUUAAUUCGCGAUCUUCUUGGCGAUGUUUUGGCUGAACGUGUUCAAGAUGACUCUGAGGAUGAUUCAGCGUUACAUUCCGAUUCAGAGGACACUAUUGAUCCUGGAAGUAGUCCAUGUACGCGUCUUGAGAGUCCAACGCCUAUUUUAUCAUCGUCACCAAUUUCAGCGAAUUCGGGAAAAAAUUGCAUUACACCUGUUGGUGGUGGUUCAAGUGGUCGUAAACCAAGAAGAAGACGCACUGCAUUCACUCACGCUCAACUCGCUUAUUUGGAGAGAAAAUUUCGAUGUCAAAAAUAUUUAAGCGUCGCUGAUCGUAGUGAUGUUGCUGAUGCAUUAUCAUUAUCCGAAACACAAGUGAAAACUUGGUAUCAAAAUCGAAGGACAAAAUGGAAGAGACAAAAUCAAUUACGAAUGGAGCAACUUCGUCAUCAAGCGACGGUGGAAAAAGAACUUUUGGUUCGCGGUGUUGGUCUUCAUCAUGGCAGUAUAGACGCAUAUUGCCCACCAUAUUCUCAGGCAUCGACACAUCCUCCACCCCCGCCUCCACCUCCAGUUCCAACAACUGCAUCGACGGCAGCAUUUUUAUCAACAGCUGCUGCUCUUUUUAGAAAUGUUACGUAUGUCCAUGGUUGUCCACUUUAACCCGCCCACAAUUCAUUAUUCGAAAACAAUCAUUAUUCAUUCUAAAAAAAAAAAAAAAAAUAAUAAUUUCCAAAUCUAGUCAUUUUUAUCCCCCCGAAAAAAAUACGUAUAGAAAUAAAAUUGUUUUUCAUCUAUAAUUAAAUAAAAAAAAAAAACAAAAAAAAAUUAUAAAAAAAAUUGCAAUCAAUGAAAUUAUUAUUCAAAAUUUUUUUCCAAAUAAUGUAAAAUUAUAUUUGGUAUAAAUUUCGCACCAAAUCGAUUUUAUAUAACAAAAAAAUCAUUUGGAUUUAAAAUUAUAAAUAUUAAUUUUCUUUUGUUAUUUUGAUUUUUAGCGCUUAUUAAAUAUUUUUUUUAUUUAAUACAGUGAAAAAGAAAAUUAUUUUAAAUAUAUAAUUAUAUUUAAUUAAUAUUAAUUAUUAUCAAAUAAUUAUUUACU